AUGGCCGCUUACUCUGAACUGGAAUUUACUUAUGGAAGCGCACAUGUUGUGCGAGAAGUCGAUACACAAGCCAAGAGGAUCGCUAUCGAUCUCGCGGGACACUGCCUCCACAUUUUUCGCAUUGAGCCGAGAGUGACACCGACACCGACACCAACACUGUUCUGCAAGUUUUUGCCUGGUCGGAAGGCUCAGGUUUAUUGCUCUCACGUUGUCCGUGAGUCCAUGAACCAAUUUGGUCAAUAUCGGAUUACUGAUAUGAGCGGCGAUGCCACUUCUCAUCCCGUCUCCCAUCAUCGAUUCAUCACAUCUCAAGGAUCAGCAUUUAUUAUCGCACCUGUUAGC